AUGACUUAUGAACAAUUGAAUCGUCGAUUGGCCAUUUUGGCUGCUACAUUUGCAUUCUUAGGUGUUAUACUUGGCGUUAUUGCACUUUCUACUAAUUACUGGACAUUUAUUAUUCCUAUUGAAUUUUAUAAUGAAACAAAUGUUACGAAUAUACAGUCAAAUGCUUACGGUUGGAAUGGUCUUUUUCAAGCAUGCAGGACUGAUGCUUCAUGUAUUGCUCAAUCUUCAACAUCAACAUUUAUUGUUUGUUUUUUGGGUGUUUCAUUCUUAUUGACUGGUGGUAUAUUUUCGGUUCUUGAUAUUCCAAAAGCAAAUGAGCAUCGAUUUAUUACUCCUUUAUUAAUAUUUAUUGGCUGUAUAUUAAUGACUGCUGGUUUAGUUUAUUAUGCUUCAUUAAACUUUCUCAAUUACCAUUCUUCACGUACAAUGAUUGCCGCUAUUGUAUUUGCUUAUACUGCUUUGCCUAUAUCAGCUUUUGUUACUGGACGAACUUCAGCAUUGGGACGUACUGUUUUGAUUAAUAAUGAACAUCAUGGUAUACAAAAGUAUUCAACUACCAAUGGUAAUGGUCUUUGA